CAAAAUCACAAUGCGCUCCCCUUCUUGCUCUUAGACCAACAAUGGCGCGUAGAACGAGCCUCAGUUCUCGUCAUGGCGCGCGGGAGCGCCUUUCAUUUUUUCUGGCCCUGGGCGAUCAUCUAUCGCCCCGACACAAAUCAUUGCACCCACUUAACUACACCCCGACUGCGUGUUAUCAGCGCAUUCACUAUCGGAGACGCACUAAAAUUAGCCGGCUCCAGUUCAAUUGGAGGACUAGACCAUCCAGAUUUCACCCUUUGACGUAUUCCUGACCCAAUCGCCGGUUCAACUUGGUACUCAGUCAAAAAAAAGUCGCAUACAAGUAUUGUGGACCUUUCUCCAACGCCACGAGCCAGAUUCAAAUGACCUUCUAUCGGGUAUAAAGCUACAUUUGAGAUCAGAUCAAUCACCAGCGCCUGCGCGCGAAAAACCCCCGCCGAUCUUCUCUGGUUUUUGUUUCUCCCCAAUUGACCCUCAGCAAUCACAUGCAUGUCGGCCGGGGGCGAACACCUCAAGGAUGAGGGGUCGCGACGACAAGUCGUCCUCGCGGGCGGAAUCGCAGGCCUCUUCUCACGAUUCUGCAUCGCCCCCCUCGACGUCGUGAAAAUCCGCCUCCAACUGCAAAUCCACUCCCUCUCCGACCCAAUCUCCCACCAACAUGUCACCGGACCAGUGUACAAGGGCACUCUAUCGACGAUGAAGUCGAUCCUCCGCGAGGAAGGAAUCACAGGUCUCUGGAAAGGCAACGUCCCCGCGGAACUCCUCUACCUGGCCUACGGCAUCAUCCAAUUCAGCACCUACCGCACGACGACCCAAAUCCUCGCCACCGAACUACCCACUCGCCUACCCCCCUCAGCCGAAUCCUUCAUCUCCGGGGCUCUGGCCGGCGGCCUGGCCACCUUGUCCACCUACCCGCUGGAUCUGCUGCGCACGCGGUUCGCUGCCCAGGGCACGGAGCGCGUCUACACGUCGCUGCUGGCCUCGGUGCGGGAUAUUGCGCGCCAGGAGGGCCCGCGGGGGUUUUUCCGGGGCGGCAGCGCCGCGGUGGGCCAGGUGGUGCCGUACAUGGGGUUGUUCUUCGCGACGUAUGAGGCGCUGCGGCCCGUCGUGGCCACGCUGCCGCAGCAGGUGCCCUACCUGCCGGCGGGCAGUGGGGAUGCGGCGGCCGGCGUGAUGGCGAGCGUCUUGGCCAAGACGGCGAUGUUCCCGCUGGAUCUGGUGCGGAAGCGGUUGCAGGUGCAGGGCCCGACCCGGCUGUUGUACGUGCAUCGGAAUAUUCCGGAGUAUCGGGGGGUCUUCAGUACAAUGGCGAUGAUUGUGAGGACGCAGGGCGUUCGGGGCCUGUAUCGUGGACUGACGGUCAGUUUGUUCAAGGCGGCGCCGGCCAGUGCGGUGACCAUGUGGACGUAUGAGACUACGCUGCGCGUGCUUCAAGAUAUGGAGAUCGCUGCCGAUUGAGCGAGACUCUCUGGGUGGCAGCUAGUUGACUUGGAUUGUUGGGGCUCGGAUACACUAGACACGACACGCCAGCUCUUAGAAU